AGGCUAUUGCAGAGCGCACUGGAACCCUGGCCAGCGCGCAGCCUUCCCGGCGCCGGCAAGCUGGGUCUUGGGAAUUCUGGCUUGCUUUGGCUCACUCGCUUUUACAAACUACUGGAUCUUAUAUGCCUCUGUACUCCCCACUUCCACUCCAUGUCCCCAUGCUCCAGCGCCAGCAACAGGACGUGUUCUCUGGAUGUCAGCUGAGUUACUAAGGUAACUUUGCAUGUCAGGAUACAGACCUUGGUAGAACUCCAAGGCUCCUGGAGACACUCAUCUCUCCUCACUUAUUAUUAUUAUUUUUUUUGCUUGUGUGUUCUCACUGAACAUUCAAAACUGUUUCUCCAAAGGGUUUUGCAAAAACUGAGACUGUUUUCCAAAGCAGACGCACUGGAGUCCCCAGCAGAAGCGAUGGGCAGUGUGCGAACCAACCGCUACAGCAUCGUGUCUUCAGAAGAAGACGGCAUGAAGCUGGCCACCAUGGCGGUCGCCAACGGCUUUGGGAACGGGAAGAGUAAAGUGCACACGCGACAACAGUGUCGGAGCCGCUUCGUGAAGAAAGACGGCCACUGUAACGUCCAGUUCAUCAACGUGGGCGAGAAGGGACAGCGGUACUUGGCGGACAUCUUUACCACCUGCGUGGACAUCCGCUGGCGGUGGAUGCUGGUUAUCUUCUGUCUGGCGUUUGUGCUUUCUUGGCUGUUUUUUGGCUGUGUGUUUUGGCUGAUCGCGCUGCUCCAUGGCGAUCUGGACGCAUCCAGAGAGAGCAAAGCAUGCGUGUCCGAGGUGAACAGCUUCACGGCCGCCUUCUUGUUCUCCAUCGAGACCCAGACGACCAUCGGCUACGGGUUCAGGUGUGUCACGGACGAGUGCCCGGUGGCCGUGUUCAUGGUGGUCUUCCAGUCCAUCGUGGGCUGCAUCAUCGAUGCCUUCAUCAUCGGCGCCGUCAUGGCCAAGAUGGCGAAGCCCAAGAAGAGGAACGAGACUCUGGUCUUCAGCCACAACGCGGUGAUCGCCAUGCGGGACGGCAAGCUGUGUCUGAUGUGGCGAGUGGGCAACCUCCGCAAGAGCCACUUGGUGGAGGCGCACGUCCGCGCGCAGCUGCUCAAGUCCAGGAUCACUUCCGAAGGGGAGUACAUCCCCCUGGAUCAGAUAGACAUCAACGUGGGGUUCGACAGCGGCAUCGACCGCAUAUUUCUGGUGUCCCCGAUCACCAUCGUCCACGAAAUAGACGAAGACAGCCCUCUGUACGAUUUGAGUAAACAGGACAUCGACAACGCAGACUUUGAAAUCGUGGUGAUCCUGGAAGGCAUGGUGGAAGCCACGGCCAUGACCACCCAGUGCCGUAGCUCCUACCUAGCGAAUGAGAUCCUCUGGGGCCACCGCUACGAGCCUGUCCUGUUUGAAGAGAAGCAUUACUACAAAGUGGACUACUCGCGGUUCCACAAAACCUACGAGGUACCCAACACCCCCCUUUGUAGUGCCAGAGACUUAGCAGAAAAGAAAUACAUCCUCUCAAACGCUAACUCGUUUUGCUAUGAAAAUGAAGUCGCCCUCACAAGCAAAGAGGAAGACGAGAGUGAAAAUGGAGUUCCAGACAGCACUAGUACGGACACGCCCCCUGACCUUGACCUUCACAACCAGGCCAGCGUCCCUCUAGAGCCCAGGCCUUUAAGGCGAGAGUCGGAGAUAUGACUGGACUGAGUCCUUCCCUGGAAUAUUCACUUUACAACACAGUCUGUUGGACAGAGGCCCAAAACAGUGAUGCGGAAGACGGUACUGGUAAAGAGGUGGGUCGAGCAAGCGGCCACGAGGGACUGAGGCAGGCACAGUGGUUUCAAAGGAAGGCUGUAAGCGUCUUUGAUGAUUAUCGUUAGCACUAAACAUGCCUCUCCGAGACCCGAUGGCACAUAUUAUGUUGUAGAAUAAGUUAUGGAUUUUUUUUUUAAUGUUUUUGUUUUAUGUUUUAACAAAACUUGAACUUGCAGGCAAGCCUUGGUUGGGUAUUUGAAUUAUCCAGAAUGCUUCUCU